AUGGAGGUUCCCUAUGUGCAUCCCGGACCUGCAUCUCGAGAGCUACUAUUCUUACAGGGCAACCAUAGGUCUUCACACAUCUGGGAUGGACAGUGUCUGUCCCAGAUAUUCCGCCCUAGACAUAUAGAUGAUAUGUGGGAGUUCAUUAGGGGCCACCCACUGCAUCCUCGUAUAGUUAGACGCCUUCAGGAUACGGGUUUUUACAGGAUCAUAGAGAUUGGCCGGUUGCAGUUCAACUGGGCGUUGAUCACUGCUAUUAUAGAGCGGUGGCGACCGGAGACACACACGUUUCAUCUACCCUCGGUGAGGCUUGAGGACGUGGAGGUUCUUUUCGGGCUGCCUGUUGAUGGUAUACCUAUAGCUUACCCACAUUCUCUUAGAGACUAUAGGGGAGAGGAUUACCUUCAUAUGUUACAGCGGCUCACCUAUUUCCAGCCAGCGGAGCCGACUGCAUUGAGUGGGGCCAGCCGAUUACAGCUGAAGCCCAUUCGGCAGUAUCUGGUGGCGAUGGACGUGGAGAUUACGGAUGAUUCACCGCCAGAGGAUAUCGACCGGCAUACAAGACUGUUCCUGCUGUUGAUGUUUGAUGGUAUACUGUUCCCGGACACUUCGGGAAACCUAGUCACUUGA